AUGUCAUUUCUAAUAGAUAUUGUACCAACAGUUGCUUACAAGGACCAAAAACCGGGUACUUCAGGUUUACGUAAGAAGACCAAGGUUUUCAUGGAUGAGCCUCAUUACACUGAGAACUUCAUUCAAGCGACGAUGCAAUCUAUUCCGAACGGUUCAAAAGGGGUCACUUUAGUGGUUGGUGGGGACGGUCGUUUCUAUAAUGAUGUUAUCAUGAACAAGAUUGCCGCUAUAGGUGCUGCCAACGGUGUCAGAAAGUUAGUCAUUGGUCAAGGCGGUUUACUAUCAACACCAGCUGCUUCCCAUAUAAUAAGAACAUAUGAAGACAAGUGUAACGGCGGUGGCAUCAUUUUAACCGCCUCUCAUAAUCCGGGCGGUCCAGAAAAUGAUUUAGGUAUCAAGUACAAUCUACCUAAUGGUGGUCCAGCUCCAGAGAGUGUCACUAACGCCAUCUGGGAGGCGUCCAAGAACUUAAGUCACUAUAAAAUUAUAAAGGACUUCCCCAAAUUGAAUUUGAACAAGCUUGGUAUAAACCAAAAAUACGGACCAUUACUAGUGGACAUCAUUGAUCCAGCCAAGGCAUACGUUCAAUUUUUGAAGGAAAUUUUUGAUUUUGGCUUAAUCAAAAGUUUCUUAACGGAACAGCGCGAAGCCAAGGGAUGGAAGUUGUUGUUUGACUCCUUGAAUGGUAUUACAGGACCAUAUGGUAAGGCCAUAUUCGUUGAUGAAUUUGGUCUCCCAGCAGAAGAAGUUCUCCAAAAUUGGCACCCUCUACCUGAUUUUGGCGGUUUGCAUCCCGAUCCAAAUCUAACCUAUGCUCGUACUCUUGUUGACAGAGUUAACCGCGAGAAGAUUGCUUUUGGAGCAGCCUCCGAUGGUGAUGGUGACAGGAAUAUGAUCUACGGUUAUGGUCCUGCAUUCGUUUCACCAGGUGAUUCUGUUGCUAUUAUUGCCGAAUAUGCGCCAGAAAUUCCAUACUUCGCCAAACAAGGUAUCUACGGGCUAGCACGCUCAUUUCCUACAUCCUCAGCCAUUGAUCGUGUUGCAGCUAAGAAGGGGUUGAAGUGUUACGAAGUCCCAACCGGUUGGAAAUUUUUCUGCGCCUUAUUUGAUGCUAAAAAGUUAUCAAUAUGUGGUGAAGAAUCCUUUGGUACAGGUUCUAAUCAUAUUAGAGAAAAGGAUGGUCUAUGGGCCAUUGUUGCUUGGUUAAAUAUUUUGGCUAUUUACCAUAAGCGUAAUCCUGAGAAUGAAGCUUCGAUCAAAACCAUCCAGGACGAAUUCUGGAACGAAUAUGGCCGUACCUUCUUCACAAGAUACGAUUAUGAACAUAUCGAAUGUGAGCAGGCUGAAAAAGUUGUGGCUCUUUUGAAUGAAUUUGUAUCAAAGCCGGAAGUUUGUGGCUCUCGCUUCCCAGGUGAUGAGUCUUUAACUGUCAUCGAUUGUGGUGAUUUUUCGUAUAGAGACUUGGACGGUUCCAUCUCUGAAAAGCAAGGCCUGUUCGUAAAGUUAUCAAAUGGGGCUAAAUUUGUCCUGAGAUUAUCCGGCACAGGCAGUUCUGGUGCAACAAUAAGAUUAUACAUAGAAAAGUAUACUGAUAACAAGGACGACUAUGACCAAACCGCCGACGUCUUCUUGAAACCCGUCAUCAAUUCCAUUGUGAAAUUCUUAAAAUUCAAAAACAUUUUAGGAACAGAGGAACCAACAGUCCGUACAUAG